AUGCAGCCGAUUUCGGGAAGAGUGGAUCCCAAUCAGGCCUUAAAAGCGUUCAAAGCCCUGAGUGCAUUCACGGAUCGUCGUCGCGAGAAAAAGAGCGAAAAUGAACUUCCUUUAGAUGGCCCUGGAUCUCUUGGCGCCGCAAAAGAUGCCGAACAUACAGUGUGGCUUCAAGUCACCAUCAAGGAUCUGAGUCCGACGCGAAAAGUCAAACCUACACGCAUCCCAUUGGCACACUCGCUUUUGGACGACGAGGCUGUGGUGUGCUUGCUUACGAAAGAUCCUCAGCGCGAAUACAAGGACCUGCUUCACGAGAAAAACAUUCGCGCGGUGAACCGCGUCGUUGGCGUCGAAAAGCUCAAGGGUAAAUUCAAGCCUUUUGAUGCGCGUCGCGAACUUGUGCGGGACCAUGACUUGUUCCUUGCAGAUGAGCGUAUCGUUCCGCUACUCCCGAAACUAUGUGGGAGUGUGUUCUACAAAGACCGCAAAUUUCCCGUGCCUGUUGACCUUACCAACCGCAAACGUUUGGCAGAGACUAUUGCCAAGGCGAUUGCGUCGACAUAUUAUAUGCAGAACAAAGGGUCCUGCAACUCGAUCAAAAUUGGGUUCCUGGACCGCCACAAGCCGGAGCAACUGGUUGAAAAUUUGGCAUCGGCGCUUCCUGCGAUUGUAUCCCGUGUUGAAGGCAAGUGGGGAAAUAUACAGAACAUUGAGGUUAAGACGGGUGUAAGCGCAGCACUGCCGAUUUGGAACUGUAGUCUUGGCGAUGGCGAAGAUGUGCGGUGGUCUGCGCCCGUGAAAGAGUUGGAUGAGGCCGACGAAGACGACGAAGACGACGACGACGACGAAGACGACGAAGAUGAAGACGAAGAUGAAGACGAAGAUGAAGACGACGAAAACAUCCCAGUCGCUCCCAAGAAGCGCAAGUUGGCCACUGCCACCCGAGCCCCAGCUCCGAAACGCAAGUAG